AGUUAAGGAAAAAAACCAAGGGAAAUACCAUGCAAAAAAUUGGCAACGCUGUUGACGGACUGACAGUCACAGAUUAAUAAUAUAAUCUCCAGACAAGUCAGAAUUCAUGAAAUGAAAAUAUUCUGAGAGGAAAAUUUUUAUGUCAGUUUAACAUCUUAGCUAUUUGAAAAUCAAUCGUCGUAUUUUAUUUACAUUAUUACAAAAGUUGUAUGCGCUCAGUGCAUAACACAGUUCUGUUGCGGGCGAGUUAUGUGAAGUCGGUCGGUUCGGCUCUAUGGCGCUCAGAGGGUGUUCGCACGGGCUGGUGGUGACAGCGCUGGUGACACUGCUGCUGCUGCCGGCGCAGUACUUCGUCCCCGAGCUGUACGUGGGCCCGGACGAGCCGCCGGAGCCGCGCGCGCCGCCCGCCCCGCCGCCCAGCGCCGCGCGACACUGGCUCUUGGACUUCCCGGUCCUCGAUCUUAUCGUCACGGUGUUCUUGUUUAUAUGCGCAGUCAUGACGUACCUAUUCGAUUGGAUACAAAGGAAGUUAAUGGAAAGAAGAGUUUGGAAGCUGAACCAGCACCUGUACGGCUGCGCGGCGCGGCUGCGGGCGUGGGACGCGCGCCAGGAGCAGCUGGAGGCGGCGCUGCGGAUGGCGCAGGUGGCCACGUCCGAGUACAACCUGCUGCUGUACCUGCUGCUGCGCCGGCGCCAGCCCCGGCCCGGCUGGGGGGCGGACGACUGCGCGCUGCUGGCCAAGCGACCCCUCGCCUCCGCGCUCUGACCAGAACAAUAAAAUGUACUUUGGCUCCUGCUUUCGUGUGUUGUUAUUU